AUAAACGCGCUUCGGCACCAAGCACCAAAAUCGUUGACCGCAAGUAAAACUGAACAGAAAAUAUACAAUACAAAAUUCGAAACCAAAUUCGAUCAAAUCAAGUAGAAGAAGCAGUUCACUAAUUCCGAUUUAAAAACCGAAUCACACAACAAAAGUUGCAAUAUGUUCAGCUCGAUUACAGCCUCGUUGAAGAACAUUGGCGACAAGACCGCCAGUCUGUUCAGCAAGAAGAAGGAUGAGGCUGAGAAAUUGGCCAACGAUAAGGCUGUCGAGGCUCAGAAGCUAGCCGAGGAGCAGGCCAAGAAGGUUGGUCAGUCCGUGCAGCAGACGAAGAACGAGGCCGAGCAGUUGGCCACGAGCACAGCCAAGGAGGCUGCCGCUUUGGCCACGGCCGAGGCCCAGAAGGCUGGACAGGCGAUCGAUCAGGGUGUGAAUCGCGCUGCUGGAGCUGUCAAUCAGACCAAGCAGGCUGUGGACAACACCGUUCAGCAGGCAAGUGCCGCCGCCCAGAACUCCAAGCAGGUGGCAGCCAACAUUGCCGACGCUUCGCAGCGGGCAGCCGCGAAUGCCGUGGAUCAGACCAAGAAGGCAGCCAACGAUGCCAUCAACAAGAGUGUCAAAGCCGCUGAGAACGUGGCCGACCAGAAGUUGAAGCAGGCUGAAGGCGCCAUCGAUGGAGCGCUCAAGCAGACCAGCCAGGCGGUAGACCAGAAGCUGAACGAGGCUAAUCAGUACGUCGACCAGAAGCGGGGAGCCGCCGAGAAAAGUUUCCAAGAGGCCGCUAGCCACGCUCAGGAGAGCGCCGGCCAACAGGCUACCCAGCUGCUGGGAAAACUCAACCUGGCCCCGAAGUAGAACUGCCCAUCCCACAAUCGGCAGCCCAAAUAAUUUCGUGUGUAUGUAAUUAAACAGGAAAAUGCUUUAGAAACAAAAAGGAAUUUGCUUCAACGUAACAAGUGCCAGCAAUGUGAUUGCUAAAUCCUCAAUUGAAAUAUAGAUAUUUUUGGAUUACUUUGUACAUGCA